GGAAUUCACUGUCUGUUUCUCCAGAUUGCAGAAGAGGAGAAGCAAGCACCCAGAACGAGCAGAUGUGAGCUGGACUACACAGAGAAUAACCAGCUUCAGUAGAGACGAAAACCUUUGAUUAUACUAAAAUGUGGCAGCCAGCGACAGAGCGAUUGCAGCACUUCCAGACGAUGCUGAAGACCAAGCUGAACGUUCUGACACUGAGGAAGGAGCCGUUGCCCACAGUGAUAUUCCAUGAGCCGGAGGCCAUCGAGUUGUGCUCUACCACGCCGCUCAUGAAGAAAAGCACCCAUAACGGCUACAAGGUGACAUACCUUGGCAAGGUGACCAUCUCAGGGACCCAGUUCCUGUCGGGCUGCACAGAGUCGGCAGUGGUGGGCCUGUGGGACCGUCGUGCACUGGCCCAGGAAGAGCACCUCCUUGCCAACUCCCUCCUGGAGAUCCGCCCCUUCCAGGUGCGCCUGCACCACCUGGACGGGCGCGGCGAGGCCUCGGUGACCAUGGACACGUACCAGGUGGCGCGCAUCGCCUACUGUACGGCGGACCACUGCACGAGCCCCAAUGUGUUCGCCUGGAUCUACCGGGAGAUCAAUGACGACCUGACCUUCCAGAUGGACUGCCACGCCGUGGAGUGUGAGAGCAAGCUGGAGGCCAAGAAGUUGGCCCACUCCAUGAUGGACGCCUUCCGCAAGACCUUCCACAGUAUGCGCAGCGAUGGACGCAUCCACAAGAGCGGCUCCUCGGACGAGUUCGCCACCGACGACUCCGCUCCAGAUGACUCCACCCCCGAGGAGGACGGCUGAGCACCAGGGUUACCCCCCCCCCUCCCCCGGUCACAAGCCCGUGAGGGGAGGUGCACAGGGGCAACCGGAGCACUCUCUCUACUCUCUGUCUCUCUCUCUCUCUCACUCUUCUCUGGUUUAAGGAAAAAACAUGGAACUAAAACUGACCACAGACUGAAGGAUGACGAGGAUGUAGUUUUAAAAAGGGGGAAAGGAACAACUUGAGACCAUAUGGGGAAGUGAAACUUAACUAGUGCUGCCUCUUUGGAUAAAUCGGUCCUCAAACAUUUGGAUAGCCAUUGACGCGCCUGAUCUGCCCAUAAGAGAUCAGGGAAUAAUGGUUAUAAGACAGUUACAUUCCCAUCCGACGCUGCAGUCUUCUCCGUCCGUCUGUCUGCGAUGUGCAGAGAAAAUCUGCCUCUUUACAACCACCUCUCGCCCCACCCCGUCCCGGCCCAAUCAAAAGCCCAGAUCACUUCCUAAAAAUCCAGAUCACUGCCUCCCGUUCUGAUUUUUUAACAACAGCACUAUGGAGUUGAGAGUUAUGCCUGUAGCACUGUUAAAUGUGUGGUUUCAAAAAGAAAGCCUUGACUAAUAUAUGUGUGGAAGGUUGCCGGGAGGAGGGAGGUCCUGACAUAUUUAUUAGGCUACGAGAGCGUCAUCCCUUAUCAAUCACAUUUACUUCCUGUUUUGAAGCAUACCAAAAGUGAGUCUUUUAGCUGUGUCUUCUUUGUUGACUUUGUGCCUCACUUCUCACACACCAAGGCUCGUCUCUUAGUCCCGCAGUCCCAAAUGUUGUGUGUGUGUGUGUGUGUAGUCGUCGUGCAUGUGCAUGUGUGUGUGAGGAAUGUGUGAUCUAAGAAAAAGGGUUGUCAGGAGAGAGAGCAUGACCAAUAAUGGCCUAGUAAUCCAACUAGAAGUGUAAAACGUUUCACAGCCGUCCAUAAAGAAUGCCUGAAGCCUCUUGGCCUGUGCUGAAUGUAUUAUAGGUAUGUUGUGCUGCAAGCUCCCUACACCUUUUAGUUACUUCGGUUUUUUUUUAGUACAUUUCUUCUACAUUGUUAUAUGUGGAUUAGGUGCAGUUUAGCAAGGGCCGUUUUCUGUACAGACACCUUAAGGUAACGAUUAUGUCUCGUGGGCUGGAUGCGUGUUGAGUCCAUGAACAGACACACACACACAGCUCAGUUUCACUGUGCUGUCGAAGGGUAAGAGCGGCCAUUUUGGGGCAACUGGAAGCCCCCAUGACACAAGAGCCCCACCCCACCCCCCUUUCUAACAAGACUCUUUUGAAUGGACUGGAUGCUGGUACUCACAGUGGGGUGGGUCAUGUAUUUUGUCUGUUGUGUCUAAAGCCAAUUUUUAUUAAGAUGGCUCUGGUCAGUACGUACAUAUAUAAACAUUGUAUUUGAAACUCAUUCAAUAAGCUUAUGUAAAUACACAAAUGAAGUAUCCGUUUCCAAAUAUUACAGCAUUAAAUGUUGAUAGCUAUUUUAAAUAAACAGCGGGAACAUCAAAGACAGCACCAGUGUUAUAAAGUCAAUUGUGAAUAUGUAGAGUUCCAUAGAAGUGGCUGUCAACAGGGUGUGUGAGCCCAGCGGCUUGACAUGCCAGGAUGACAGGAGGAGAGAAUGUUUAUAAGGCUGUAGAUUACUGUGUCAUGUCUUGUCUGAAGGCUCAGAUGUGCUUUAAAUGUCUGGAAAUGUUACCGUAAGUGUUUUCUAUACAGUAUUUGCAAAGAUAAAGAAACAAUCACAUAUAAACUAUUUACCAAGACUGA